AUGUCAGGGGCACAGGGUGACCGGGAAGCCCAGUCUGGCUUGCCCAAAUCAGAUUUUCAUGGACUGAUUGGCUAUGAGGGCUCUAUGCGCCUGACUGGAACAAACCUACACAUUAUGUGGAACUUUGUCAAAGAGGCUGCCAGCAUGGAUAGACUUUUUUGGACUCGUUACCCGACUAACUCAGGCACAGACCGAUUGGAGGUCUGUACUAGUAGUCUGGUCCAUGGUGGUCCUCAGCAAUCCCAGUCAAGCCUUGGUGACUUUGUCAGAAGUGCUCCAAGGUCCCUGAUAGCUAUGAGGAAGCUAAUUGGGCAUAGGAUGGAACAGCAACUGAAAUAUGAGGAAAAACCCGGACAAAAGAAAAACAUGGAUGAAAUUAAGUUAAUCCAAUGCUGGUCAAGAUAUAAUGCUAAGAUUCAAACUCUACAGCAAAAGCUGGAACUUCCAUCAUUGCUGAAUGCCAAGGUGCUUGAAGAUAAAAUAAACCCGAGGUGGGGCAGGUACAAUUCUCAAGUACAGACACUUCAGAAUAAAUUAGGACUCAAUUCACACACAAUACCAGAGGAGAAAACAUUUCACAAGUCCAAGUCACACACCUUGAUUGCAGACAAGACUUCAAGAUAUGCAUUUCUCUCUACACAGAAAUUCCCAGCUAGAAGGGAGAUGCAAAAGGAGGUCCUAAAAUACUUUGGUCCAUCUGCAGUUGAUACAAUGAUGCAAAGCUACUCUGAAGGUUUCAAUCUGAAAGACGCUGAAGCUUUUCCGAGACAGGAGAUGAUUGACAAGGUUUUGAUCAAAAGAAGUAUAAGUCGGGCUGAAAAUCAGAAGCGAAAUGACAGUGCAGUCAGGAAACUAAAUGUAGCCAAAGAACAUUUGAUGAAAGCACUAAAGAAGUUGGAAAUACAAAAUGAGUUCUUUGGAAAUGGAGAAGGCUUGCAAGACAAAGCACCCCCCACAGUGAUACCAUCUUCUAACAACAGAAAAGAAAGUGUAAACAUAAGUCUACCUGGGACAGACCUUCUAAAAGACUUGGAAAAGGAUGAUCUGCUGCUUGAUGAUAUAAUAAAGGAAAUCAUGACUGCCCACUUACCUCAUGUACCUGACAAGGCGGCUCCUUUCCUUACAAAAGAGUUACGGGCAAAAGUAACAUCAGAAAGGUGUUUGGAACACGCUGCUCUUCUUGCUGCUGAGGAAAUCAUCCUGGAGGUUACAUUGGAGAUGACUAAGCAACAAUUAACAGACGUUAUGAAGAGACUGUCUAUAAAUGCUCAGUUUGAGUCACAAUUUGAUUCUGCAGAGGUUCAAGAUUAUUUGAAAAAAUCCAACCCAUUACAUUUUUAGGAAUCUUGAAGAUCACAAAGAUGUUUUUGUGUG